UCCGCCGUGGUUUGUAAAACCUUGCGAACAUGGCAGUGAAGGGUUCAGUCGGUGACUCGAGGGACCCGUUGACGUUGAACUGCUACUGCACGGUGGUGAAAGACCAGUCGCCGCUGCAGGUCAAGUCCCUCAUCGAAUUAACCGCAGAAGAACAGGAAACUGCGUCAUCCAACAAAACGAGAGUACCCUUGCGUUUCGUCGCUGUCAUCGAUGAAAGUGGCAGCAUGGCGUCCACGAUUGGAAACGAAACCUUGAUCUACAAGAUGAAGAUCUUCGCCCGGGUCAUGGUUCGGAAGAUGAAGGCAGAGGACAUGUUGGGGAUUGUUGGAUUUGACAGCGACGCCAGAGUGUUACUGCCGAUCACACAGAUGGACAAAGACGGGAAGAAAGCGGCCAUGGACAGUAUAGAGUCACUGAGUGCAAAGACUUUUACGAACUUGUGCGAGGGUAUUCUCACCGGUGUGAAGCUUUUUGAUACUACAGAAAAAUGUGCACAUUGCCGAAACGGGAUGGUCGUGUUCACGGAUGGCAUCGCUAACCAAGGCAUAACGGAUGCAGACGGCAUCGUUUCUGCCUUUAACUCCAUCGCACAUCAAACAUUUGGCAGUAACUUCUGUCUUCCCAUCUCCACACUCACCAUCGGUGACUACAAGCCCGACCUUCUCCUGGAGAUCAGUCAGAGGUUAGGCAGCGACGCGUUCUUCUGGAUCAGCGACAUGAACACGUUUGAGACGGACAUGAUGAUCCCGUUCUACCUCCGCGAGACCAGCCUCGUUUCCGACGUUCACGUGACCCUACACGCUCUGAAUGGCGCGACCUUUGACAUAAAGAAGAUGACAACUGACCGGAUGGUGACGGGGACUGAGAAGACACCGGUGGAGUACCACAUCCACGACAUUUCGGCCAGUAUGGCUAAACAUCUACCGUGUUACAUCAUCAUAUACGACAAGGAAAAGAAGAUGAAGAACAAGCCAAUACUGGAGGUCCACGUGACGUACCGGGACUACAACAACGUGCCGCGGGAGCUGCGCAUCACCAUCGUGUUCAUCAACGUGACACUCGCCGAACUCAGAAAGAAAUUUAAACAGCAAACAAAUUCAUCAGACAAGGCGGUGAUAGCGUACAUGGAUUCUAGUGUCCCCAUGGCGAUCACGGAGGUUACACGAGCUGAGACUGCUGUCGCAAAGAUCGCACAGGAAGAGUGUCGAACAAUUACGUUACAGGCAAUCAACAACGCUGCUGACUAUUUUGACCUAGAUGAAAUCGUCAUGUCCAAAGAUGCUAUCAAGGAGACCACUGACUACAUCGUACAGCGGAAAACAGAGGUGAACACAGUUCUGUCGGGGGAGUCAGCGGUGCUCAUGUGCGAGCGUGCGGACACCAUGAUCGAGGCCCUUGACCACUGCCUUACGAUUAUCGAAGCCGGUAGAUCGGAAGGCUGGCAGACGAUGAAGACGAUGGCGUCGUCAUUAGCCAACGAAAGUCCAACGGUCGGUAAAAUCUUCCCUGGCAAGGCAAGGCCGUUUGCCCCGCCGGGGAUGGAAGCAGAACUGGAGGAUUAUCAAAAGAUUGUUGAUCAGCAGAAGCAACAGCUGCAAGUGCCGCAGAAACCGGUACCGCCUCCAAAGCCCAAGACUUUUAAGGACAGACACGUGGCGGUGUCCGAGAAGUUGAGCAAAGCGUCACAGGAGAAGAUCAAGGAACUCAUCAUUGAACACGGCGGAAAGCCAGUUCCUUUCGUAAAGAAGAAAGCUGCUUACAACAUGCUUGUGUGCUCAAGGGCAGAAUUCAACGACAAGUCUGUCAAAGUCAGAGACGCCUUGGAAAAUCAGAUCCCUAUUGUCUCCGAGGAGUACAUCCACGAAUCCAUCAAGCAAGAGAAGAUGCUGGACUUCCGAGACUACAGAUUGAUCUAGACGUCAUUAUUUUUUAUAGAUUUUCUGAUUGAUAUUACUUUUAUUUCUAUUUUUACAUACAGAAUAGAAUCAUUUCAAACAUGCAUAGGAUUGGAUAAAUUUAGCAAUGAUGUAAACUGAGAGAUAUUAGAAUAUCCUAUUGAUGUUAGCAAAGAAGAUUUAAUUCAUAAAAAUAUCUUGAUUUGUAUUUGACAAUGUGGCGAUACAAUUUACGGGGUAAUCUAAUUUUUAGUUAUCUGAACUACAGUUUACCACGUCAGUAUAAGUUCAAAGAAAAGUAAACAGGCCCUUUACAAUUCUUUGUACAAUGACAUGUAUGUUAACAUUGGAACUUCAAGAUAUUAUAAGUCCGAAGCGGCAUAUCGAGAGCUCUUUUCACGUUGAUAGGAAAUAAAUCAGUUACCGUCCAACUGUUGACUUAAUGUAGCUGUGGCCGCCUUGGGGCUAGCGUGGAUUGCAGAAAGGGACAUAAAGUUUUAUAUAUCUAAUGUUUCCAAAAAAAUAAGCAUACAUGUAUGCCAGUUUCAUCAAAUACUGUUCAUUUGCUUGCAUGUUGAUCUUUUUUUUUCAAACUUCGACUGGCUAUGCAAUACAAGUAACGUUACAUCUGUUCUUACCUAAACUUCUACCGGACGGGGUGCUCUUUAAACAUUGUUUAUCUUGGUGUAUUCAUCCUUACAUUGUCACGUAAAGAAGCUCUAAGCAGAGACACAAGACAAAACAUGUGUAACAUGUGUUUUAAUUUGUUGUAUGACAGUCCGCAAAUGUCGAGCCUUUAUCCGAACCACAGAACGCCUUUGUGGCCUUGGGCUCCUUUUGUAUUGAGCCGCCCUUAAUCAAAGACGACGCCGUAACCUAGCGACACGGAGGGACUUGUUUCUGUAGCAGGUGUCAUUUUACUAAACACGAUCCCAGGCAUAUUUAAGAUCCUUUCACACCUCACCAAGCAUGACUAGCGGCGGACGGAGAUCGUUUGUGGAGUUUGCGGGGUCAGUACAAUUCACUGGAGCAGUAGCGACCGAGGUCGCCACUUGACAAGGUAUCCGAGGUAGCACCUUCGUCGGUAUCUGAUGAGGGAACACUUUUACCAAGGCAACAAAGGAGAACCAAAUACUCAAGAUGGCGGACACGCCAAACGAGAAGGAACCCCUCAAGCUGAGUUAUUACUGCUUUCAGGCAACGAAAAGGUCUCCUCCACAAAUGAAGGUUCUACUGGAGCUCAGCGCAGACGAGAAAAGUCUGGACGCCUCAGGUCGUCAGAGGACACCUUUGCGGUUCGUUGCGGUAAUUGACGAAAGCUACAGCAUGGACGACAGAAUCGGACGAGACAAACUGACCUUGAUCCAGCGCAUGCAGAUCUUUGCUGAACUGAUGGCCAAGGACUUUAAGGACGAGGACCAGAUGGGGAUCGUCACGUUCGCUAAUGACGCCAAGGUCGUCCUGCCCAUGACAAGGAUGGAUUCCAGCGGACGGGACUCUGCCCUCGAAAAGAUCCAGAACAUCUCGACCCGUGGGCAGACCAACCUGAGUGAUGGACUGUUGUCGGCCAUAAGUAUGUUCAAGGGAAGCAGUGGGUAAGAUGACU